AUGGAUUUUGAAUAUGAAUCUGUCCUGUUGGUGAAGAAGGAGGUUUUCCUAUACAGUCUUCCUCCUCGCCAGUCUACAAGGGGCUACCGCGCCGCCGAUUGGAGUCUCAAUUCUCCCGCAUGGACUGGACGCUUGCGAAUUGUCACCAAGGGACACGGAAAAACAUUAUAUAUAAAACUAGAAGAUGCUACCUCUGGCAAACUAUACGCACAGUGCCCCGUUGAUGAGCAUCCCGGUGUUGCCGUAGAACAAGUUUUGGAUUCCUCACGCUACUUCGUGAUUCGCCUCAUGUCGGACGACGGGAGAACUGUUUUUGUCGGAAUCGGAUUUGCCGAGAGAAGCGACUCAUUCGACUUCAAUCUUGCCAUUCAGGAUCACUUUAAACAAUGCAAGCAGGCGGAGGAGGCGGAGAAGCAGCAAACUGUCAGCCAGCCUUCCCUAGACUUGGGUCUAAAGGAGGGCCAACGUCUUCGAUUGAACAUCAACACCCGGCGCACUGGAGAUUCAGAGGAGGGUGGAGCCGCUUCCAGGCCCACUCGCACCCGACCCCUGCCCAGUUUGAAGUUGGGCAACCCCACCGGCGUCCCCGGCCUCAUUCCCCCUCCUCCUCCCAGCUCAGCCAGUUCUUCGAGGAACCGUCAGUAUGUUCGUGGAAGUCCCAAUGACUCGCCUGCCCACAUUCCUUCUCAACCGCCGCAAACUUCUCAGCCGACGUCAAAUGUUGAUCUCUUGGCUGGUGUAUUCCAGGCGCCACCAACGUCCACAGGAACAGUGACUUCGCAGAAUCCCAAUGACUGGAGUCUGAUAUGA